AUGUCGUUCCCCUACAAGAAGGUCCUCAUCAUUGGCGCCACCUCCGGCAUCGGCAAGUCCCUGGCCACCAAGCUGGUCCAGAAUGGCACCCGCGUGGUCGUUGCCGGCCGUCGCAAGGAGAACCUGGAGGAGUUCGUCGCCCAGCACGGCAGCGAGAUGGUCGACUCGGCUGUCUUCGACGUGAUGCAGCUUGAGAAGAUUCCCGAGUUCGCAUCCACCAUCACCUCCGCCCACCCCGACCUUGACUGCGUCUUCAUCAACUCGGGCAUCCAGCGGCCCUUCGACUUCGCCCGGCCGGAGACCGUCGACCUCGACAUCUUCGACCAGGAGCUGAUCACCAACUACACCUCGGCGGUGCGCCUCACCAAGGCCUUCCUCCCGCACCUGCAGCAGCUGCCCCAGCGGACCGCGCUGGUGUACACGACCUCCCAGAUGGCCUUGGUGCCCAUGAUGCGGUGCCCCAACUACGGCGCCUCCAAGGCGGCGCUGCACCACUUCAUCCUGGCGCUGCGCACGCAGCUCCGCGACGGCAAGGGCAACGUCCAGGUGCUGGAGAUCUACCCGCCCGCGGUGCAGACGGAGCUGCACGACGCGAAGCACCAGCCCGACCUGAAGGACGGCCACCUGAUUGGCAUGCCGCUGCAGGAGUUUGUCGACGAGGUGUACGCGCGGUUGGUGGGCGGCGAGGACCAGAUUCCCGUUGGCUCGGCGCAGGAGAUCUUCGAGGCGUUCGAGGUCAAGCGUCAAACGCUGUAUCAGGGCAUGACGGAGAUGUUGGCGGGAAUGUUGAAGCAGUUCCUGCGGGAGUAG